AUGGCACUUGUGAAGGAAUCUUCUAUGAGGGCGUAUUCUGUACAUCACUUUAGGGGUGGUGUUUCGGUGAUUGGCGAUUUCUUUAAGGUGCUGACGAAGCGAAAUGGAAAAAUUGUGAAUGAAACCGAAAGGAAUCUUGUCGUAUUGAAGGUCCAGAUACGACUAUUUAAGUUGGAGCUCAGUUUUUCCAGCGAACAUAAUGUCCAACCAACUCCUACGAAAUUACCAUCAACAAGCGAAGAUAACGAAUAUAUGCAAGAUUUGGAAAGUGCAGUUGGCGUCUGUCAUAGUGAGGGAUCUAGUAAAAGGUCAAAGGGUAAAAAGAAGACGAAACUAUCAGCGAAAAAAAGAGAAAUAGGUGAAGGCGAGAAAGUUCGUAAGCGUCUCAGUACAAGACUUUUUAAUUCACGUUCGUUGAAACGUGUUUCUGAAACUCUAGAUGCGAUUCAGAAGGCUCGCGCUGCAAAGAAUUUUGAACAUCAGUUCAACUAUGCUCUUACACGGACCUAA